UUGUCUACGUCUCUUUUAUUUUCUUUUCUUCCCAAGAGAAGAAAGAAACAGAGACCAGACCAAGAAGAUCGCGAGACGUUACGUUUAACCAUGGCGGAUCUCAAGAACCUCUUCCUCAUCACGAAACACCCAUCAACGACACAGAUCCUCCUAACUUCCCUCUUCUUCUCCAUCUCUCUCUUCCUCCUCUCCUCUUCACCUCUCCCAGACUUCUCUCACUCCCUCAUCGUCUCCAGCUUCACCUCCCGCCUCCUCACCGCGGCGAACUUCUUCUCCUCGACGGUCUCGGACUCAAACACGUUCUACUCCGUCUCCCCUACGAGCAUCCGAGUCAACAACGAGUCGAAGAAGAUCGACUCGGCGAGCCAAGAACUCGCUUCUUGCGACAUCUUCGACGGAACUUGGGUCUCCGACGAGUCCGAGCCCCUCUACCUUCCCGGUUACUGUCCUUACGUCGAAGACAAGUUCAACUGCUUCAAAAACGGUAGACCCGACUCGAGUUUCCUCCGUCAUCGGUGGCAGCCUCACGGAUGCUCUGUUCCAAGAUUCGAGGGGGAGAAGAUGCUGAAGAUUCUCAGAGGGAAGAGACUCGUGUUCGUUGGGGACUCGUUGAACAGAAACAUGUGGGAGUCUCUGGUUUGUUCACUUAGGUCAGCUUUGGAAGACAAGAACAGAGUCUCUAGGGUUUUUGGAAAACAGAGUAGUCUCCCCAACGAAGGGUUUUAUGGAUUCAGGUUCAAAGACUUUGAGUGCUCUAUAGACUUUAUCAAGUCACCGUUCCUAGUUCAAGAAUCAGAGGUUUUAGAUGUGUACGGGAAGAGAAAAGAGACGCUGAGGCUUGACAUGAUCCAAGAAUCGAUCAUAAAGAUUUACAGAAACGCAGAUAUUGUUAUAUUCAACACUGGUCACUGGUGGACUCACCAGAAAACCAAUGAAGGGAAAGAUUACUUCCAGGAGGGGGAUAGAGUUUAUGAAAAAUUAGAAGUGAAAGAAGCUUACACGAAAGCUCUUCGUACUUGGGCUGAUUGGGUUGACUCCAGUAUCAACAGUACUAGAACCAGAGUCUUCUUUGUUGGUUACUCCUCUUCCCAUUUUAGGAAAGGGGCGUGGAACGCAGGAGGGCAGUGCGAUGGAGAAACAAGACCGAUAGAGAACGAGACGUACACAGGAGGGUAUCCAUGGAUGAUGAGAGUGGUGGAAUCAGUUAUCUCGGAUAUGAAAACGCCUGUGUUUUACAUGAACAUCACGAAGAUGACUUGGUACCGAACCGAUGGUCACCCUUCGGUUUACAGACAGCCUGCGGAGGUAAGAGGAAGUUCUCCUGCAAGCGGAAUGUUUCAAGAUUGUAGCCAUUGGUGCCUACCUGGAGUUCCUGACUCAUGGAACCAGCUUCUGUAUGCUACUCUGCUAGUUUCACGUGGUUAACUUGUCUUACAAGUCUCUUUGAAGUCUCAUGUGAGAUGGUGUUCUUACUUUCUUUCUUUUUGAUUAGCCACUCGUUUGUUGAUCCUUGCAAGCUUUACUUUUGUUUUUGAAACACACUGAGAAAACAUACGAAGUAUAAUAUUAUGGAGACUCCUUCUGCU